AUAGCAGUGGGGUCUGGACGAUUUCUCAUAUGUUUUCAGGUUUGAUGCACCACUAAAGCACAGUCCAGAGUUCACACAGUGUGUCGAAGGCUGCGUCUCAGGAGUUGCACACACAGCGGUUACAGUUUCGCAGAGCUUUGAGGUUUUGUAUCUGCAUCUGGUGACUGAUCGUGACUCAAGUGGAUGGCCACCAGGGUUCAGGAAGUUUGAAGAAGGUUGUCGGUUGGGUUGAGGGAGGGAAUUGCACGGUGCUUGUGAGUGUGCGAUGGAGGAUCCCAAAGGAGCAUGGCAAAGUGAUGUGUUUGACAACGGUCGUGACUUCAAACCUCACGACAAAGCACCUGCCAAUGUAACCGCCGGCACUACUCCACCUAUGUACAACGUUGGAGCGGGUGGCAGUGAGGGAAACUCCAAAGCUUUGUCGAUCAUCUCCAUUGUACUGCGAUGUCUCUCCAUAAUGUUCAACGUUGUUUCGUUAGGCGUCAUCGCGUCUAACCAGGGAAAGAGCUACUUCGUUGUUUGGAGGACACUCAACUCGUCUAACAUGCAAUACCUUUUUGCGAUCAAUGUCAUUGUGCUCGUCUACUGCGUCGUACAGUUGAUCCUGUCCAUCAUAAACCUGGUCCAGGGUAAAAUGGUGCUUUCAGGACCCACACAGCCAGCCUCCACCAUCACCUACAUCUGCGACCAGGGGCUGACCUACAUGCUAAUGGCCGGAUUCGGAGCCGGAGUGGCCCUCCAAGCAUCCGUUGACAAAGGAGAGUCCGGCAUGUUGGACUGUUCAGGUGCGAAUGAGUUCUGUGGGAAGAACAAAGCCUCCGCUGCCUUGAGUUUCUUGGGCUUUGUGUGCAUUGCACUGUCUGCCAACCUUAAUUACCUUCGUUUAUACUUUAUGGCUGCCAAGUAGUUAGCUAAUCAACCAGACUUCCUUCCUCCAUAGCCUCGUGGCCUCCACCUCUGACAUGAUUUCCGAGAUCUUUCUACAGCUUAGUCUCUCGUGAUUACACUGUUAAAGUGUCAAAUUCUAGUUUAGUACCCUAGAUUUCUAGUUGGGUUGCAUGCCCAGGAGUUAGAAGUUGGAUUUGGCAGGCUUUUUACUUGGAAAUUGAUUGAAUUCUGUAGAUCCAUUGCACUGAACAAGGAUUGUGCUUAAGCUUAUGUACUUGGCAACAGGGAUGUAGAAGCUUUAGCUGAUUAGAAAAUAUUAUAAAUCAAAAUCGUCAUUAUGAUGACGUUAUUCUUUUGAGUUUCA